ACUUCCGGCGUUGCCCUGUGGUACCCGUUUUGCCGCCGCUGGUGGUCGGUGCGAGCACUUUUGAGGGCAGCGCUCGCACCGCAGAGACUACCCCGGCUGAGAGAAGCGCAGGUACCCUCGCCGCGCCUUUGCAUGCGCCGUGACCCCCGGGCAUGACUCCCUUUUCCUGAGACUCGCUGUCGUACCCUGAGAACGUCCCGAGGUUGCUCCCAGUCCUCGGGCACAUUUUCCUCGGUCGGCCGGAGGCUCCAGCGCGCUGGGCGGGGUGGCGGGUGCGGAUCUCAGCUGCGUCCGCUGAAACUCUCCGCCCACAGGUUCCAAUGGCAGAGGAGGCGCAGGUCCCGGUGACCUUUGAGGAUGUGGCUGUGUAUUUCUCCCGAGAGGAGUGGGGGCUCCUUAAUUUGACCCAGAGGAGCCUGUACCGUGAUGUUAUGCUGGAGAACUUUGCACUCAUUGGCUCACUGGGUUUUCUGUGUAGACUGCGGGAUGAGGAAGCCCCUCCCGAGCAGGUGAAGAGCCGCAGAGUCCGCCUGUCAGAGACCCCCUUUCUGUUUGGGGUGUCUGGGAAGGACAUCCCUGCCGCCUUAGGCUUCCUCCAGCCCCAGGCCACCCACAGAGAGGCGACACCACACAGAAGCACCGAGCGCAAGGCCUUCCCACCCAGCUCCACUCGCCAGCAACAGCAGGGAGCCCACGCCACACAGAAGCCCUUCAAGUGCAGCGACUGCGGGCAAGCCUUCCUGAAGGCCUUCGAGCUCCUCGACCAUCUGAUCACUCACGCCAAAGAGAGACCCUUCAGGUGCCCAGCAGGUGGAAAUGCCCCCAAGGAGAGCUCAACCCUGGUUCAUCACCGAAAAACUCACACUGGAGAAACAUCCCAUGUGUGUAGUGAGUGUGGGAAGGCCUUCAGUUACCCAUCUAAACUGAGGAAGCACCAGAAGGUUCAUACUGGCAUAAAACCUUUCAAGUGUGGUGAGUGCGGGAAAACCUUCAACCGCAAAGAUGCACUUGUUCUGCACCAGAGAAUUCACACUGGAGAGAGGCCUUACCAGUGCAGCGAGUGUGGGAAGUCCUUCAGCGUUCUGUCUACCCUCAUUCGGCACCGGAAAGUUCACAUUGGAGAAAGGCCCUAUGAGUGCAGGGAAUGUGGGAAAUUCUUCAAAUACAACCAUAGCUUCAUUCUUCACCAGAGAGUUCACACUGGAGAGAGGCCCUAUGAGUGCAGUGAAUGUGGGAAAACUUACGUGACCCACUCUGGGCUGUAUCAGCACUGGAAAGUCCACACUGGAGAACGUCCCUACGAGUGCAGCCUGUGUGGGAAAACCUUCACUACCAGGUCCUACCGGAAUCGGCACCAGCAGUUCCACACUGAAGAGAGGGCUUAUGAAUGUACAGAAUGUGGGAAAGCCUUUAAACAUAGUUCUACCCUCCUUCAGCACAAGAAAGUCCACACUGGAGAAAGGCCAUAGGAGGACGGGGAUGUGGGAAAACCUUUAGCCAUGGCUGGCACCUUGUUCAACAUGAAAGGUCUCACUCCAGAAAGGAGAUUAAGGAGAGUAGCCAUUUGAAAGCUAAACAUGUCACACCCCAGCACCCACACUGGGCUGGCGCCAGGUAUGUGGGAAGUGUUCAGGAGCUGUGUUGCACUCUCACCUGCCCAGGCUGUUGGCAGUGUUGAGUCACUGCCAGUUUCUGUGACAGAAGCCAUCCCACUUCUACCACCUGGCAGGUCCCCUUGGUGUGCAUCAGUCACUGUGUGUGCUCAGGGAAGCUGACCUCUGUGUUCCCCACUUGAUAAAGGAGAGAAUCAUGAGUGGUGGAGCCCAUAAUGGGUCUUAUUCCCUCCACCUCCAACUGAUUUAGGUGUGGACAUGACCUAGUUCUGGCCAAGAGUAGCUGAGCAGUGUCUGCUGGGGGCUUCCAGGGAAGGUUAACCAUUUUCAUGGACACUGUUGACACUACAUUUGGUCCCUGUCGUGCAUUUAUCCAACCCUGGAACUGGCUCACACUGCUCUGGAAUGUCUGGUAAUAAAAGCCUUUUUGUUUAAACCACCCUUAAUCUUUGGGAUCUGUGUAUGGAAGGAUUGAGAACAAAAUUGGGCUCAUGGAUAGAGGGAACAGUUUCUGUGGGGGUCCCUGACUUUUGUCUGCCUCAGUGGGGACAGCAGGAUGGCAGAGGACAGCUCCAGUCAAGGUUGGCCUAAUUUGCACUGGUGCCUGAGACCUCCAGGGAAAGACUGAAGGGCUUUGUGGAUAAAUCUUCAGCCUGGAUGUCAGGUUUACUUGAGGAUCCAGAGCUCACCUGAAGAAUGGGGUGGUUGGCAUAAGAUCCCCGUGUGACUAGGGACAAGCACCUGGGUUCCUUGUUCCCAGGGAAUGUUCUGCAAUCUCCAGCAUUGGUCAGAAGAAGCUGUUUCCAGAAUCAGCUCAGAAGCCAUGCCCUCUGAAAUCGAGAACGUGGAGGUAAGUUCUAGACUGGCCGUAAGUCCUACAGGGGCCUGUUGGAAAGAGUAAGUGGACACAGAAGCACUGAGUGAGGUCAUGUGGAGUGGGGAGUCUGGUAAACAAGAGGGUUUGAGCUGGUUCUAAAGAGGCAUCCACAAAUGUUCCAGGAACCAUGGUUUCACAGGGUGCGGCAUGCAGAAUUUCUCAGGAAUUGCAAACCUUUUCCCUGUGUCCAAGGUCACUGUCAGCAAAUAACCUACAGGUUUCCUGGAUUCUCAGAGCCUUUCCGGGCAUGUUCACCUCAUGGCCAUCACCCUGGGACUGAAAGAAGAUCCUGUAGUCCUAGGAUGUGGCUUUUGUGAACCAGCUAGUGUUCCUGAUGUCUCUGCACACCAUGGCUUUGGCUGUUUUUGCUGCCGUUGUCCCAGGGCUCCAGGGAAUGAAGUGGUUGAAUCAACAUAUGGAUCCAGAUCUAUGUUUAAAAUUUUGGAAACUUUUUUCAAAAGGUAAAUAAA